AUGUCGGUGGACUUUCACGACAACGGGCUGGGCUCUUUUGUUGACUUUCCUGAACUUGCAAAUAUGGAUGAGGCACCUGUUUAUCUGGGCCAGACCACAGCUGAUGUCGAGAUGGGGCCACUCCAAGAUUUGGGUAUGGAUACCGCAAAUGCAGGCGAUGACAACAAUAUCCAGAUGGGCCUCUACGAUGAUCCAGAGAGCAUGGAAAUAUCAUAUGAGGCUAUUGUCGAAGUCGAACAGAUGGCGGAGCAGCUUGCACAUGACAAUGAACCUGCAGUUCGGCCGGCGCCAUGCCAAGUCACCUUCUUCGCAUGCAAUAUCAUUCUGUUCAUGCUGAAUCUCAUAUUUACCUGGCUUGACCUCCUCAAACCUGAUCAACCAAUGCCCAUCACGUUGAACAUGGACUGGUUCAAUAUUCUCCCAGGAUGCCCUCAAUGUCAUAGCAUCUUUGUGGGGGAUACGGACCCUACAAGGAAAUGCCCAGCAUGCAAGAUUCCACUCUUCCUUUCCCAACGCACUUCACUUCUCCAAUCAUUACUUGGACGUCCACCGCCUGACCCUAUUCCUGCCUUCUUGGUGCCCAUCGCUUCACUCUCAUCACUGCUGGUUGAUUUCUUCCAGAUAGAAGGUAAUGAAGCUGCUGUAGAUGAAUGGCGAGAGCUGGAGCCAUCUCCUGCAGGACAGCACAGCCAUGUCAUGGACGGAAAACAAUGGAAAGAAAGGCUUGAUCACAAUGGCAAGCCUUUCUUCACUAAGGAAUCCCUCAAAAAGCCAAACGAAAUUCGUUUAGCUGGAAAUUUCUCUCUUGAUUGGUUUGAGGUCACGAAGUCUGCCUACAGCCCGACACAUCUAGUUUAUCGUGCUAGGAUCCCUACUCGCACUUCGGUAGGAGAUACUCUAGCAAGUCAAAGGCGACGAAAGUCGAUGGGACAAGUAGUCAUGAAGGACGGAGUUCGAUGUUAGGUAGAAUUAACCUUAGCCGAAGCUGGGGUUCAGACCAGCUGAGGCUCUUCUUAAAUACACGUUGG